AUGUUUAAUGUCACAGCUGAAUGUACAUACUGCGAUGAGGAAGGGGAUGAGGAUACGACAAAGUUUACAGCGCUGAAGCAUCAGGUGCAUACACUUCGUCACGAUUUAGCAGAGAAAAACGCUUUACUUGCCACAGUACAAAAAAAACUUAACCGUAAUAGACCUCAACAAUAUAAUAACGGAACCAUGGGUAACGAAUCCACUACCGGAAAAGUUAUUGGUCAUCUUCAACAUGAAAUUGAACAUUUAAAGAAAGAAGUUGCCGGUGCUAAAACUUCGAUACACAUUGCAAAAGUCGCCCGUGAGCGGGCGGAUAGACAAGCUGCUGAACAUUAUGCAUCACACCAAACCUUAAAAUUAGAAAUCGAUUCGUUAAAACGAAUGUUGGAGCUAGAUCGGGAUAAGACAAACAAGUCAUUGCAAGAAUCAGAAUCAAAAGCUGCCGAAUUGGAAAAACAAUUGGCCAUUGUCUCGGCAAGUAGAGAACAAGCAGAAUUUCAGUAUCAAUUGUUAUCCAAAGAAUUGCAAAACUUCAAAACUCGGUAUAUGAAAGAUGUGGAAUCUAUAAAGGUAGAUUUUCAAGAACUUCGUAGCGAUAUGGUUUCAACUUCUAAGGGAUUAAAGAAAGUUGUGGUGGAAGCUGGUUCUCGUAUUGAAACAUUAACAAAGGAACUUGAUCGGAUGAAAAAGGAUGUAGAGAUAUCGAAUGAAAAGACUAAACUAUAUUCUAAUCAAGUAGCAAAAGUUGAAGAUGAAAUAACAAACAAAAUGGCAUGGUUGAAAAACAUACAGAUUCGUUAA